AAACCCACUGCUUCAAUUUUCCUUUUCCAUGGAUUCCGGCACUACAUUUUCUCUACCAAGUCUCUUGUGCGAAGAAGAUGAAUCCUCGUUAAACGAAAUCAAACUUAAGGUUUCGAUACCUAAAUCCGAAGAUGAUCACUAUAUACGAUGUUUGAUCGAAAGAGAAUCGAAAUCAAAAGAUUACGGUUGUGUUUGCGAUGACGACGACCAUACUAGAAAAUGGUUCAAAUGUGCUCGAUUAGAUGCCAUUAAUUGGAUUCUCAGUACUAGGGAAAUUUUGGGGUUUCAUUUUCGUACCGCUUAUCUCUCUUUGACAUACUUUGAUCGAUUCAAUUCGACGAGAGUUAUCGAUAAUGGGAAAGAAUGGGCAAUUCAAUUGCUGUGCAUUGCAUGCUUAUCUUUGGCUGCUAAAAUGGAGGAACAAAUUGUGCCAUCAUUGUCUCAUUAUAAAGCACAAGGGUACAACUUUGAAAGCAGUGUGAUUCAGAGAAUGGAGUUGAUGGUAUUGACAACAUUGGAAUGGAAAAUGUGUUGCAUUACUCCAUUUGCUUAUCUUCACCAUUUCUUCUCCAAGAUUUGUGAUGAAUGUGGCUGUAAUCAGUUUCUAGUCUCCAAAGCUAUUGGACUCAUAUUUGAUUUCUCCAAAGAGGUUAAUUUGAUGGAUCAUAGGCCAUCUGUUGUUGCCAUAGCAGCAGUCUUGUUAGCUUGUGAUGAUCAACCAACAAGAAACACAUUGGAGUUCAAGAUUGGUGUUGUAUCAUCACUUCACUCUCUUGAAAAAGAAGGUAUAUAUCAAUGUUACAAUCUUUUGAAGGGGAUUGAGACUAAAAAGAACAACACCCCAGAGAGUAUGAAUUCUUUUGGUUCAUUUAGAAAUCAUUGGAGCCCGUCAUCCACCGUUGGCAUCAAGAGGAAGCUUGCAUACAAUGGGUUGGAACAAAAAUGCCCGUUGCAGAAGACGAGUAGGCGAUCAUAGUAGCAUUUUGUUUAGACAAGGCAUGGAUUCGUUGAUUGGAGUUGAUCGGGGUGAUCUUUAACCAAAUAAGAGAUUUGAGUUUUGGGAAUACUAAUCUACCAACAUAUGGUAUGAUAUGGAGGUUACCAUAUAAAAGGGAUUUGAAUAUCAAAUGCCCAUGAGAAAUUUCAGCUAGUGGAAACUAGUGAAGGGCAUUGUUACUGAAGGAGGAUGGAUGGUAAAGUUUAACAUACAGUAAAAAGAGGUGUCUAUCAAAGAUUGUUAAAUGGGGUUUUUUUCUUUUCUUUACUUUUUUGUUGAAUUCAAUCGUCUUUUCACUACCCUUUUAAGCUUUAGUUC